GGUUUUCCAAUGGCUCUCUAACUGAUAUCAGCUCAUGAUGAAAUCCUGUAACCAAUAUUUUAUUGUAAAAUACUAACCAUUAUGAGUAAUAAUACUGAAGAAAUCACGUAGGCACCGAAGACGCAUAUAUACAGAUCACGUCAAAAGCGAUGAAAAACCCCGAAGUUAAUUUGAAUAUUAUUCAUGACAAGAUUGAAGAAAAACAAAACAGAACAACAGAUUUUGUUGUUGUUGAUACUUUUGUUGACAAAUUACUAAUUGAAAUACAAAAAACUUGAUCAUCAGCAUCGGAUCAUAACUUUCAAACAGAUCAAUCAAAUAUGCAUUAAGAAACCUAUAAAUAAGUAUGAUCACAGUGAAGACUCUAGCGAAGAGAUGAUUAAAUUGAUUGUGUUUUCUCUUCUCUUGUCAUCUGCAUAUGCAGGUGUAGCAUCAACCACGACUACAGGAGGUGUAGCAUCAUCCACCACUACAGGAGUUGUUGCUACGCAGAGUACAGUAAAACAGCCUGUUGCUUCAUUUUGGCAAAGAAGUUUGGCUGCAAUAGAUCAAAUCAUUACAUUCGGCUGUAAAAUAUUUUCAUUGUGGAAUCUGUUUGAAGUUGGCAAAGUAUGAGGAGAGAAUUACUCUAGACCACUUUGCAUGGAUGUAAAGAUGUCUGAUUAGCUUGAGUUUCUUUUUCCUACGACACUUCAAUUUUCUCUCAAAUUAAAUCAAUUUUUUUCAAUGCAUAUUUGAUUUCAUGAUCUACUUAAUACAUAAUUAUUAAAGCGAAACAUGUGUUUAUCAGUAUAAAAUUUGUAAACCAUUGUUAAAUUAAUAAUUUAAUAAGUAAUGCAGAUGUAAUAAAACAAGUCCCUUUUUCA